AUGGUUGUAAGACUCCCUGUAGUAAGCCUUAUUCGACAUGGUGAAACAGAAUGGUCAAAAGAAGAAAAACACACAUCUAUUACAGAGGUAGAAUUAACGUCUCAUGGUAUCACACAAGCUCGCGACUUGUCUCGUUUCGUUUUUGAAAACCAAUGUCAAGGUUUCAUUGAUCCAAACAAUAUCACACAGAUUUAUGUUUCGCCUCGUAAAAGAGCUCAACAAACUCUUGAGUUGAUUAAAGUUCCUAAUAAAGACCAAAUUCCCACUUUCACUGAUCCUAAUUUAACGGAAUGGAAUUAUGGUGAUUACGAAGGAGUCACAACACAUGAAAUUCAUAGUGAGAAAUACGUAUUUUGGGACCUUUGGAGAGACGGAUGUCCCAAUGGGGAAACAAUUCAACACGUAGCCACCCGAUGUGAUCACAUGAUUGCAAAAAUUGUUGCUCAUCAGAAUAAACAUAUAGAUAGUAAUCCCAAUUCGCCGGGAGGCGACGUUCUUGUCGUAGCGCAUUCUCACUUGUUGAGAGUUAUGGCAUGUAGGUGGUUGAAUAUGGCUCCUGAAAUGGGAAAAAAUUAUAUUCUCGAUACCGCAGGAUUGUGUGUAUUGGGUUAUGAUAGAUCAAUGAGGUCUCCAGUGAUUAAACAUUGGAAUGUGACAAGUAAUUUAUUUCAAAAGACUUAA